GCAGAUUCGAAUCAUUAGCAAUGUAAUUCCAAUGCCAGUUCAUAAUGUACUUCUGAAUAAUUGCCCUAGUCGAUUACGUUAACACACAAUCUGUCAGUAGCCUAGUGCCUGGCACUGCCCUACAUCUCUCAGUGCCCCCCGUGCGUUUGAGUGAAAUGGUACGCUCCAAACCAGCUAGGUAAAGAGGAUAGUUAUGUGUGCAGGGGACCACAGAAGUGAGAAUAUAUUAUUAGUCUUGAGGGUUAUUUAACUAAUAGAGUUCCCUUUUUCAGACUAUGAAGUCAGUUUAAGUGUGUAGUAUGCACACUGGCUGUAAACCCGCAACUGCUCCGGUGCUGUAAAUGCGCUGUCGACUGCUCCGGUGCUGUAAAUGCGCUGUCGACUGCUCCGGUGCUGUAAAUGCGCUGUCGACUGCUCCGGUGCUGUAAAUGCGCUGUCGAACUGGAGCGGAGAGUGACAAAGUGGAAAAGGCGGAUAGUGAGAAAGAAGUGAUUAAGCCAUUGAUCUAUAAUUUUAUCAUUCAUCAUCAGCGCUUACUGACAUAACUGAGGAGUAGGAUUGGAAAGGCGAGGCUCGUCAGAAAUGAUGCGGAAUUUGCCGGUUGCGCAAAGCCGCAACGAAGAACACAGGCCGAGCGAAGGGAAGCGCAGGAGGAUGUUUAUUCCAUACCAGGGUAGAUCUAUGUGGACAGGAGGUGUUCCUUAAUCUCAAAGCCUCCCGUCCCUUCCCUGAUCCAUUCCCCUCCGUGGAUCCUGCUAUUUGUGGUUCUUUUCACCCGUCACACCUCGGUCACCAUGACGUCCACUCUGCAGACGUUGGCCUUCAAACUGGCUCUGCCUCCACAAGAAGUUGGUCCUGAGCCACUGGAUACUUGCGAUUUUGGUACGGAUCACCAGUAUGAAGUGGUUCCCUCCGUGAUCUGCUCCAUGUGUUGCCUAUUCGGCAUCAUCUACUGCUUCUUUGGCUACCGCUGUUUCAAGGCCGUGCUCUUCUUGACAGGCCUGAUGUUUGGCUCAGUGGUGGUCUUCCUGCUGUGUUACAAGGAGCGAGUGCUGGACACACAGCUUAGUGCUGAGGCAAGCGCAGGCAUCGGGCUGGGCAUCGGGACCCUGUGUGGUCUGGUCACCAUGCUGGUGCGCAGUGUUGGUCUCUUCAUGGUGGGUCUGCUUCUGGGGCUGUUGGCAGGAAUUGGCACACUGGUGGGCAUGGAGGAGUUGUCGUCAGCACCACCACGCUCAGUGUGGGUGCCUCUCGGGGUGCUGCUAGGCCUGGGAAUGCUGUUUGCUGUUCUCACAUUGCAGUGGCAGCGCUUCUUUACCACUCUUUCUACAGCAGCAUUCGGAGCCGCAGUCAUUGCUGUGGCGGCUGAUUACUUUGUGGAGCUGUUUGGGUUGGUGCGCUACAUCUACGAGCGAGUGAAGGCUGUACCGGCACGCUCUCAGUGUUGGGUGACGUGGGCCGUGCUUGGAGCAUGGCCUGCCCUUGCCUUGCUGGGAGCAUUCGUGCAGUGGCGGGUGACAGCUGAAGGAUACUCGCACACUAAAGUGAUGAUAAGCCGUCAGCAGCGGCGAGUGCAGCUCAUGCGGAUCCGACAGAAGGAGGAGAGGAGAGAGUGCAGCAGGAAGAAGAGGAGGAAGCAGCAGUCUCAACACCAUACGCACUCAGGCAAAGCCAUGCAUCCAGAGCCGCCGUACCGCAGGAAACCCCAGCCCGUCCGCCGCUAUGAUGGAGACGUCCUCUCUCCGAGCUACAUCCAGAGUUUCCGAGAGCGGCAAGGGGAAGGGUGUGCGUAUCCUGGUGCCCGGCUCUCUGGUGCACACACUGCCGUGGACAUGGACUACGACUGUGGCUCAACUGUCCCCCUCACCUCUGGUGCUGUACCUAAUCCUCGAGUGUGACCUCACACAUGGUUACACCAUCUCAUCUCACUGUCCUGGUGCUGUCCAUGACCUGACCUGUGUAUACACAGUUGUACAAACUGUAUUGACAGUGUGUGUAUGGAUUGGGGGAGCUACAGGCAUGAGCAUGAUUGCUUAAAGAGUGUAUUCAAUACUUCUACACAAAUCCAUACACAAAUCCAUAUGCACACUCAUUCACGCAUAUGCACACUCCUGCUGAACAUGUGCCUGAGCCACGGCACACUUAAAAAAACAUCUGUAAAAGAGGAAAUCGAGGCCUGGUUCAUCACACUUUAUUGUUUUAUUUGUUUUAUUACUUUAUGUCAAUGUGAUAAAGCAGCGCAGUGCCCCCCCUUAAAUAUUUCCCAUCUGUCGUACAUUAUUGCAGUGAGGAAAUUCUCUCUUGGUGCUGAAUCUUGUAAUAUAAAGAUCCUUCUUCUCAUUGCAAAUCUGUGGAUUCUACCAUUUACAUCUCCAUUGUCAUAUUUUUACAUUUAUUUUCUCUUGAACUGUACCAAAUAGCUGUGCAGGAGGGGGAUUGCCUUUAGGCUCCAGUGGGAGGCUGUCUCAGGAGAAUCUGCUCCUUGGCUUUAACGAGGCUGCAGGGGAAAUAGCCAUAUUACAGCAGAAUCUCUGGUGCAGUCUGAGUGCAAUUUGAAAAAAGCGAAACUCAGGGACGGCUAGAACACUGCGAACUGCUGAAACAGAUGGAACUAGACCUAGUGACACUAGCACCAGCUGGUGGAUUUGAAAGAAAGAAAGACGGAGUUAUUUUUCGUUGUUGUUUUUUGGACUUCCACCCAGAGUCGCCUGGCAUCAGCGGCUCUCUUUCCUGUGAAAUCCUGUCACUCAUUCCUGUGCUUUUGCUGUGUUGUCCUAAAGUGUAGUGAUGACGCUGAUGCCAUCAACUAACAUCUGUGGUGUCCUCAAGAACAAAACAGGAUUACUCAAUUGUGAUCUGUGAUCAAAAAUGAUCUGUGUGUUUGAUAAGACAUUUGAUAAGGUCUUCUUUUUUUUUGUCUUUCUUUCUUUUUAAUUCUGUUCUCCUAGCUGUAUGUUUCAGUGUUUCAGUCAAGUCGCUGCACUUCUGUUUUGUACAUAGAAUGCACUAGAAUGCACAUUUACUGUUUUAUUUGCCUUUUCUAUUUAUUUGACUGAAUUGUAAACUGAUUUGCUUUCUUUUCUUUAUUAAUAGAAUGAUGGGCAUAUAGAUGAGUAUUUAUUUGAUUGCUUAUUUAUUUGCAUCUGAGACAUGCUUACAGACCAUUUACCCUCUGACUGCAGAGUUUAGUCACAAAGAACUGAGAGAAAGAUUUUCAUCAGGACAUGCACCUUACAAUCUAAUGUUAUUCUUCUUAUUAUAAAGCAUGUAUUUGUAUGAACCUGGAUAUUAUGAUAAAGUAUGUGAUUCCAACAUGUGGGUUGUGAUAUGUUUUUAUUGGGUAGUUCUUUAUUUGCAUACUUAACACAUGCACACACAAAGAGUAGAGUGCUUGAUGCAUAUUUUCUUUAUUCUGAUUUC